AUGGCUGUCAUAUGUCUAAUAACGUUUUUCCUGGCUACAAACAUUAAAGAGGCAAACAGCAUUCUCUUAGAAAAUAUUAAUAACCAUCAGCAAACAACGCCAGCAGCUCAUCCUGAUACUCUGAUUUUUCUUAUGCAAGAAGUGAUUCAGUUGAAGAAUACCGUACAACAAAAUGCACAGGAAAUGAAUCGUUUAAAAACUGAACUAGAGGCUGGAAGGAAUAUAAGCAUUGCUAAUGAGAUACGCAAACUGCAUGCAGAAAUAUCUGUGAUGAAAUUUACUUUUGAAAACGCAAUCAACGAUCACUCGAGCUCACAUUUAGUCAGUGAAACAAACUUAACGGGCGUAAUGGCGAAACUCCAUACCAUGGAAAAUGGCUUUCGACAGUUAACCCUUGCCUUGAAUGAAAAGGUUUCAAACGUGCAAAUGACUAGACACAAUGUACAAAUGAAUGCACUGCUGAACAAUAUCUCAAAUCGUGUCCAUGCUGUAGAAAAUGAAAAGGUGUCAAACAAGCAAAUGAAUGCAUUGCUUAAAAAUAUCUCAUAUCGUGUGCAUUCUUUAGAAAAUGAAAAGCAAAUUGUAUCACAAAUAUCCAAUCAUGAGUCAUCUUUGGACGCAAUGAUGCAUAACUUAACAGAGCGUGUUCAUUCUUUGGAGUAUGAUAAAGUCCUGCCAGGAAGAAUCAGAUUGGUAAAUGGAUCGACGAUUUGGAUGGGGAGAGUUGAAGUGUCUUAUAACGGUACAUGGGCCACUGUACCUGGCCUUAGGCACGAUGGCUACAGGUAUACUUUUGAUGACAAGGCUGCCCAGGUAGUGUGUCGUAUGCUGGGAUAUCCGACUAAAAAUGCUGCUGCUAUCCAUGAAAUAUCUCCAUUACAUUUUGGAAAGGGGUCAGGGCAUGUUGAUAUGUCGCUUUAUGGUCUCCAUUGUACUGGACGUGAGAGCUCGCUCUAUCAGUGCAGCAAAACUACAGAUCCAAAUCCAUUUCAAGUACAUUAUUAUGAUGCAGGUGUUGCUUGCAUGGAUAUACGCCUAGCUGGCGGGUCGUCACCGAUGAAUGGUAGAGUUGAAGUGAAUCUAGGAGAGGGAUGGGGUACUGUGUGUGACGAUGGUUGGGAUAAUAACGAUGCUCGUGUUGUGUGUAGAAUGCUGGGAUAUCACGGGUCUGCACAAGGACUUCAGGGAACACCUACCACUGGAGGAAAAGGCACAAUCUGGUUGGAUGAUCUUAAUUGUACAGGAAGUGAAACCUCAUUAGUGCAGUGUAAAAUGAAUCCCAUUGGUAUCGGUUUUGCGAAUUGUAAUCAUGAUAAGGAAGAUGCGCGUGUUGUUUGUCAAGCAUAUUUGUUUCAUAACGUCAUACAUGGGACAAACGCUAUGGCUGUCAUCUCUCUAAUAACGUUUUUCCUGGCUACAAACAUUAUAGUGGCAAACUGUAUUCUCUUAGAAAAUAUUAAUAACCAUGAGCAAACAACGCCAGCAGCUCAUCCUAAUACUCUAUUUUUUCUAAUGCAAGAAUUGAUUCAGUUGAAGAAUACCGUAAAACAAAAUGCACAGGAAAUGAAUCGUUUAAAAACUGAACUAGAGGCUGGAAGGAAUAUUAGCGUUGCUAAUGAGAUCAACAAACUGCAUGCAGAAAUAUCUGUGAUGAAAUUUACUUUUGAAAACGCAAUCAACGAUCACUCGAGCUCACAUUUAGUCAGUGAAACAAACUUAACAGGCGUAAUGGCGAAACUCCAUACCAUGGAAAAUGGCUUUCGACAGUUAACCCUUGCCUUGAAUGAAAAGGUGUCAAACGUGCAAAUGACUAGUCACAAUGUACAAAUGAAUGCAUUGCUGAACAAUAUCUCAAAUCGUGUCCAUGCUGUAGAAAAUGAAAAGGUGUCAAACAAGCAAAUGAAUGCAUUGCUGAAAAAUAUCUCAUAUCGUGUGCAUGCUUUAGAAAACGAAAAGCAAAUUGUAUCACAGAUAUCCAAUCAUGAGUCAUCUUUGGACGCAAUGAUGCAUAACUUAACAGAGCGUGUUCAUUCCUUGGAAUAUGAUAAAGUCCUUCCAGGAAGAAUCAGAUUGGUAAAUGGAUCAACCAGUUGGAUGGGUAGAGUUGAAGUGUCUUAUAACGGGACAUGGGCCACUGUACCUGGCUACAGGUACACUUACGGUGUCCAUAAUUUUGAUGACAAGGCUGCCCAGGUAGUAUGUCGUAUGCUGGGUUAUCCGACAAAAAAUGCUGCUGCUAUCUACGAAUCAUCUCCAGUAUAUUUUGGAAAAGGAUCAGGGCCUGUGGCUAUGACUCUUUUUGGUAUAUAUUGUACUGGACAUGAGAGCUCGCUCUAUGAGUGCAACAAAACUACAGAUGCAAACCUUAUUCAAGCACAUAAGUUUGAUGCGGGUGUUGCUUGCAUGGACAUACGUCUGGCUGGCGGUUCGUCACCGAUGAAUGGUAGAGUUGAAGUCAACCUAGGAGGAGGAUGGGGUACCGUGUGUGACAAUGGCUGGGAUGAUAACGAGGCUCAAGUUGUGUGUAGAAUGCUGGGAUAUAACGGGUCUGCACAGGGACUUAAAGGAUCAAGUACCACCGGCGGAAAAGGCACAAUCUGGAUGGAUGAUCUUGAAUGUACAGGAGGUGAAACCUCAUUAGUGCAGUGUAAAAUGAGUCUUUAUGGUAUCAAUUUUUCGGGUUGUAGACAUUAUAAGGAUGCACGUGUUGUUUGUCAUGCAUAGCUUCUAGACUCAGUCGAAUUAUUUAUAACCUUGUGAUUUAUACUCGCAAUUCUGUAAUAUAUUUUUUGAUUGAUUGAUUGUAUAUUGCUC